AUGGACUCCCGCUGGGUCUGUCUCCUCAUCCUUGCAGGUUUGUCAGAGGCUGCUGCCCAGGAAGGUUAGUAGCUUAUUCAGCUUAUCCUUUGUGGUCAUCUUAUGACAUCUCCUUCUGACAAUUAAAAUUAUGAUGAAGAUGGGCUUGUAGCCAACAUUAGUCCUACUCAGAGUAGACCCACUGAAAUUAAUGGACCAAAGUUAGUCAUGUCCAUGAAUGGCUUUACUUUGAGUAUGAUGAUGAUAAUAGUAAUGAAACCAUUGCAAUUGUAGCCGUUUUCAUGAAUAAUAUUGUGAUACUAAUUAUCAUAAUUAUAAUUAUGACAGCUUUAUUAUGUCUGUUCUUUAGCUGUGGCUCCUGCAUUGUAGGAUGUUGAACUAGAUCACCCUCAGGGUUCCUUCCAACUCUACAAUUCUAUGAUUCUAUGUUUGUUUGUGCCACAUAUCGGCCUGCACGCUUCACCUUAAAUCACAGCUCACCAGGAGUCACAAUUGGAUUUGUAAUCAUGUGUGGAGAACCUGGUAAAAUCUACGGAGGUCUUCUAGGUAGUGGCACCCUCCCUGUGGAACACCCUCCCAUCGGAUGUCAAGGAGAUAAACAACUAUAUAACAUUCAGAAGACAUCUGAAGGCAGCCCUGUUUAGGGGAAACGUUUGAUGUUUUACUGUGUUUUUAUAUUCUGUGGGAAGCUGCCUAGAGUGGCUGGGGCAAAUCAGUCAGAUGGACGGCGUUAUUAUUUUUUAUUAUUAUUAUUUUACUUCUUUCGUGCAUUAGAACCUACCCCUUUCAAUGAUACUGCUGAGGAAAGCUCAGGAGCCUUGUCAGAGAGGAGAUGGUCCCAACCUUUCUUCCCUGUGUCUCCCUCUUUCCUUGUCUCCUCACAGACCUAACCAGAAAAGUCUUUGUCUUCCGCACGGAGCCUAGCGAGGCCUACAUCAUCCUCAAGCCUCUGCCCAAGGAGCCAUUGCAGAACCUCACUGUCUGCCUGAGGUCCUACACGGACUUGACUCGGCCCUAUGGCCUCUUCUCCUACGCCACUGAGUCUGAGGACAACGAAAUCCUGAUCUUCAAGCCCAAGAAUACCGGGUGUACAUCGGUGGAGAGUACCUGUCCUUCAAAGUCCCAGAGGACACCCUAGACUGGGAGCACGUCUGUUUCGGGUGGGAAUCGGCCACCGGCAUCGCUGAGUUCUGGAUGAACGGCAAGCCUUGGCCACGCAAAGGCUUGAAGAAAGGCUACGUGGUUGGCUCCGGGGCCUUCAUCCUGUUGGGCCAAGAGCAAGACCGCUUUGGGGGCACCUACGACUCCUACAACUCCUUCUCUGGAGAACUGACGGACGUCUACAUGUGGGAUUUCCUCCUGUCUCCUCACAAGAUGCGGGCGGCCUACCAGGAUCUGCAGCUGCCCCGAUGCGCUCUGGGCUGGAAGAACCUGCAGUAUGAAAUCAAGGGAGACGUGGUGGUGAAGGGCAGGCUGAGGUAA